CUCAUUUUGAAACCCUAAUCGCGAAAUAUCUCAAUCCAAUAAGCAACCUUUCUGGUUCACCUUGAAUUUUUCCGAUGGCGGAGCACUUGGCGUCAAUUUUUGGUACGGAGAAGGACAGGGUUAACUGCCCCUUCUACUUCAAAAUCGGCGCCUGUAGGCACGGCGACCGUUGUUCCCGUCUCCACACAAAGCCCAGCAUCAGCCCAACGCUUCUGCUUUCCAAUAUGUACCAGCGUCCCGACAUGAUUACUCCCGGCGUCGACGCUCAGGGCCAUCCCAUCGAUCCCAAAAAGAUGCAGGAACACUUCGAGGACUUUUAUGAAGAUCUGUUUGAGGAGUUAAACAAAUACGGGGAGAUUGAAAGCUUAAAUAUUUGUGACAAUCUAGCUGACCAUAUGGUUGGCAAUGUUUAUGUCCAAUUUAGGGAGGAAGAUCAUGCUGCUAAUGCUCUUAACAACCUGACUGGACGGUUCUAUGCAGGACGCCCCAUUAUUGUUGAUUUCUCCCCAGUGACUGAUUUUCGGGAAGCUACCUGUAGGCAGUAUGAGGAGGAUGCAUGCAACCGUGGUGGCUACUGUAACUUCAUGCAUCUGAAAAGGAUUAGCAGGGAGUUGAGGCACCAAUUAUUUGGGAAGCGUAGGAGCAGACACAACCGUAGCAGGAGCAGGAGUCCCCAUCGGCACCGUAGUUAUGAUGACCGCUCACAUGGGAGUCGGAGUCACAGCAGAUCGUAUGAUGAUCGUGAUCACCAUGGAAGUCGAAGCAGGAGGCGCAAGAGCACAAGUCCAAGAAGUAGGAGGGGUAGAAGUCGAAGUCCAGGUGGCAGGAGGAAUCGUAGUCCUGUAAGGGAAGGAAGUGAAGAGAGGCGUGCUAAAAUUGCACAGUGGAAUAGGGAGAAGGAAGAAGCAGAACAUGCUAACAGCAAGGCAAGUGCUGGUGGUGAGGAUCGAAGAGCUGAAAAUGACGACUCCCACAUUGUGGACAAUGAAGGAAAUGAUGUACGAAUGCAGCAGAAUGGAUAUGAGUAUUGACAAUAUUAGCGCUGGUAUGUUCUUGCUCCCCUUCCACCUGUGUAUUCUGGAUUUGUUCACGGUGAAUAGCUUUCAUUAUGAAUGAUGCGUCUUAAAAUUAUAGCUUACUGCGCAUUUUCCAAUGUGCAGGUGAUGUGCAGGUUUUCAAUUCUGUCAUGGAACAUUAUAAAUUUUUGCUAACUUUGUUUCUUAGUAACAUUUCGUUGUUAUGCUUUUCAUUCUUUUCUUUUUUCAUUUUGUUGUUAUGAGAACCAUUGCAUGAUUUCUGGGUGCCCAUAAAUUAUUGUCGUCAGCCCUAAAUCUUUUGAAGCCCAGAGUUGUUUUUUUUCAUUUUGACCUUUAUUUCCCACUGUCCAACUAGAUGAAAGUUGAAUUUACCUCCUCGACCCAUCUAUAUGUCCGCAUGUCAUACUAUGUGCUAGGAAGCUGUUGUCUAUUAUAACACUGAUAAAUUUUUUUUUUCUAAAAUGGACUUAGAUUCUUCUAGCACUGAUCAUGAUACUGUGUGCAUACAACAUCAGUGUUGUAUUUCUCCAAAAAGUCUUUCGUAACUUUCAUUCCCUUUGUUUUGUUGUGCAACAUCCUACUAGGAAUAUCUACAAUAUAAUAGCUUACUUCUAUGACAGUAGCAUUGAGAUAGAUAUGCAGUUUAAUAGUUUAUGAUAUUUUGUUUCUUGAUUUUUGAUAUGGGUACUGGAAGGUUCUUGGUUAUUGCAGUUUCCUUAUGAUUUCCAUUAGCGUGCUUGGCCCGUGUCUGCCUUAGUUAUUCCAUGAAACUUGUGUCUGUGUGUGUGCAGUCAGGUGUCCUGUAGCCACAAAACAACAAGGCUGAGGUUUUGCAUAUUGUUCAAUUUAUUUUCAAUUAUAUUUAUACAGUUGCAAAUCUCACCUGGAUUACUAGUUUUGCAGGUCCAGGUACCCUGCUUAGAAACAUAUUGAGCACAGAUUUUUGAUUAUAGGUUACCAUGGAUAUUGUACAGGUAUUUCGGUUGAAGUGGGGAGGUCAAGUUGUAUUUGCAGGGUGAAGGCGGCUUGCAGCGCUCAUGGAUGUCGAGUUGUAGAGUCCUCAAUUAUUAAGCAUAGUUUUUUCUGUUUUUUGGGGAUGCUGCUAGUUUGAUCCACUGUCGCUGAUUUUGAUAGAGGACCCCAAAUUGUUAUUUUAUAUCUUCGCUCAACUCUUUUUCUUUUCACGUUCCUGUAGUGCUUCCCAGACUUAUUUUGAUUUAACAUUUCUAGGGCCUCUCUGUUGUGUGGUAUUUUAAUACGGUAUCGGGCCAUAUAUAUAACAAGUACUCGAUACUCUGCGAUUGUUAAACUCGAGUAUGGUUUGGCGUUUUAGUAGAUCUGGAUUCA